CCUCACAACUUCAACUCACAGAGAGAGAAGAGAACAGAAUAGGAGAGAGAGAGAGAGAGAAUGGAGAAGGCUCUGACUAAAGUGAGUAGCUUAAAAGUUGGGAGCUUAUGGAUUUCAAAGAAAGCCAAGGAGGAGUUCUCUAACAUCUCUGAGGACCUCACUACUUUCUCAAAUACUGUGGAGGAGAAGGCAAAAUGGAUUUUCAACAAACUAAAAGGAAUGCCGCCAAAAACUUUGCCGGAUCUCCUCCGAGAGUACAACUUACCGCCAGGUCUGUUUCCCCAGAACAUAACCUGUUUUGAAUUUGACGAGUCGAAGGCCAAGCUCAUCGUCUAUUUGCCCUCCGCAUGCGAGGUCAGCUUCAAGGAUUCCUCAGUCAUAAGGUACUCAAACCGAGUGAAGGCGAUUCUGUUGAGGGGAAAACUUACGGGCAUAGAGGGAAUGAAGACAAAGGUCCUAGUUUGGGUUAAGGUCACUUGUGUGGCAGUGGAAAGUUCCAAGUCUGAUAAAGUUUGGUUCACGGCAGGCGUCAAGAAGUCAAGGCCUAAGGAUGCUUAUCUAGCUCCAAAGGUUGCUGUUAGAGUAGAAGAAUUCUGAGUCAAAUAUAGUGUUUUGUUUAGGCAUUCUUAUUGUCAUCAAUUUGAAGAUGACCCUAGUUAAUAGUGGCUUAUUAUUAAGUAUGCAUGGCUAGUUCUUUCAUCUUUGUAUGGCCCCUUUUUUCUUCAUUAAGCAAUAGUAAGAGUUUUGCUGUUAUGAUUUUACCUGUCACCAUUGAUAAUGCUAUGCAAAUUUGUAAGUCAAUGAUUCCAAGUGGACACAAGAUUUUUUAGCACUUGUUAGCCAUUUUUAUCAUGUUGGAUAUGAAAUGAAACAUACAAGUUGAGUAA